AUGGCGCUCACUCGCAAGAGCGUCGUUUCCACGGCUGUCUGUCUUGCUCUUCUUGUCGGUCUCGCAUACGCAGGCCAUGGCCAUGAUCAUCACCAUGCAGAGGCUGUUGCCGGUGUCAACACCGAUAACAUGAGCCUCGAAGAACUUGAUACUCAACUCCAGACUUGUCCCAUUGUCCAGCAACUCAACUCAGUCAAGCACGCCCAUCAUGCCGCCGCUCCUUCGUCGUUAACCGCGCGUGCCUUUGCCGUCCUCUUCCCUAGCACUCCUGCCGUCAACGCCCUCCUCGCGACCCUUUACAUCUCGGGCCCUCCCAACUUCCUCCUCGCCCUCUGCCCGACCAACAUUGACCCCGCCUCUCUGUCUGUCAUGGUUGCCUUUGCUGUGGGAGGUCUUCUCGGUGAUACUCUGUUCCAUCUGCUCCCUGAAAUCUUUGUUGGUGAAGACCAUGAUGCGGCUGUCAAGUUCGUGCUUGUUGAGCCUAACCGCAACCUCAUUCUUGGAUUGGGUAUCUUGGUGGGUUUCAUGACCUUUGUCGCAAUGGACAAGGGCCUUCGAAUUGCCACGGGUGGAGCUGGUCAUGACCACUCUCACGGACAUGGUGAUGCGCACUCCCACUCUCACAGUGAGGAUAAGGCUAUCUCUUCAGGUGUUGAUGGUACGGAUGGCGCCGUCAAGUCUCGCAAGAAGGCCAACGAGGAUAAGGGCGCUGUUGUCACUAAUGCCGUUGACAAGCCUGAGAAGGAAAUCAACCCCAGCGUCAAGCUGGGUGGCUACCUCAACCUCAUUGCCGACUUUACUCACAACAUCACCGAUGGCUUGGCCAUGUCUGCCAGUUUCUACGCCUCGCCUACCAUUGGAGCUACCACCACCGUCGCAGUCUUCUUCCAUGAGAUUCCCCACGAGGUUGGCGACUUUGCACUCCUUAUCCAGUCCGGGUUUUCCAAGAAAGCUGCCAUGGGCUCACAGUUCAUUACCGCCAUUGGAGCUCUUAUCGGAACUUUGAUUGGUAUUGCUAUCCAGGAGUUCGGAAGCCCUGAUAGCGAUGUUCCCAUGGGUCGUCACGAUGGUAUCUGGGGAACCAGCCUUACAUGGGGUGACAUGCUUCUUCCCUUCACUGCUGGUACGUUCCUCUACGUUGGAACCGUUGCCGUCAUUCCUGAGCUUCUCGAGACUGGCCCCAACAAGGCCAAGGAGUUCAAGAACAUGGUCGUCCAGUUCUCAGCCGUCGCUGUUGGUGCUGGCAUCAUGCUGUACAUUUCUUGGCACGAUUAG